AUCGUCUGUCGUUGGCAAAUAGCAUCUUGUUCAUUAGACAAAAUGGCGUCUGUGGCUGAACCUCUCACUUUGGAGAAAGAUAUCAACAGGGCAAUUGAACUUCUGGAUGUAUUGCAGAGGAGUGGGGAUUUCCCUGCACAGAAGCUGGUGGCUCUACAGAAGAUUCUUCAGAGUGAUUUCCUGACAGCCGUCAGGGAGGUGUACGAGAAUGUGUACGAGACAGUUGACAUGUCUGGCAGUCCAGAGAUCAGGGCUAAUGCUACAGCUAAGGCCACAGUAGCUGCAUUUGCCGCCAGUGAGGGUCACGCUCACCCCCGGGUCGUGCUUCUUCCCAAGACAGAGGAGGGCUUGGGCUUCAAUGUGAUGGGGGGCAAGGAACAGAACUCGCCCAUCUACAUCUCACGCAUCAUUCCAGGGGGGGUGGCAGAUAGGCACCAGGGGCUCAAACGUGGCGAUCAACUGCUGUCAGUCAAUGGCGUGAGCGUGGAAGGAGAGCACCAUGAGAAGGCAGUAGAACUCUUGAAAGAAGCUUCAGGUACAGUGAGUCUGGUUGUGCGAUACACGCCCCGAGUACUGGAUGAAAUGGAAGCCAGGUUUGACAAGCAGCGUGCAAGAAGACGACAGACUCCUUGAAGACAUCAGCAUUCAGAGCCUUGUAUAUCAGUAAUAGAAGCCAUUAUCUAGGAUCAUUGUCGUAUUUGUAUAUCUUGCACCACAUCAAGCAAUGAAACAGACAAAUUGUAUAUAGCAUAGCCACAUGUGUAACCAUAUUCAGAUGUGUCCAACAGAUGAUAAAAAGAUGAAUAACCUCAAAUACUAUGUACCCAGUUUUAUUUUGUGGCCUCACAUAUCUUGUCUAUUAUUAAAGGAUUGAAUGCAAGUAGUAGAAGACCAAUGGUCGCGUUAAACAACAUAUACCUUGAGUAAAUCUGCGAUAAGAAAUUAUCUUGCAGGGAGGUGUCAAUCUUCCUUUAUGAAAAAAACGUUACUAAUCAAUUUAGAAUUUGUUUUAUUAUUUUUUUAACGGGGGUUAACUCGUCCAGGGUCAUAUGACUUUCAGUGUUCAGCAGCAUGCAGAUUUUUACUUUUUAGAGGGGUAUAUGGUUAUUUGCCCUCAGCUCAAGUAUUUCCCUGAUGGGGGAAUAUAUACUUUUGUCAAAGUCAUUUGAACCCAUAAGAUGCAGGAUUGUUUCAAUAAUCAGUUUAUGUGUAACCAUUCCCAGUUUUCAAUAAAAGGUAUUUUGUGAAGAUUCAGUGUAACUGAUUCAAUGAAAUUGGUAUUGUCUUACUGGCAAACAAAGAUAAGUUGAGCACAGACCUGACAAUUGACCCCUAUUAGCAUGUAUGAGUGCCGCCCACUGGGGCUUGCCAUCGUUAGCGAAGGGGCCCCAGGUUGUCCAUGAUCAAGUUUAGUGCGACUUGCUACACCGACGCGUAUCUUAUGAGCAAGGCGUGUGCAGCUACGCGUGGAAUCAGUUUCAUCGUCAUAUAAUGCACGCGCACUAGCCUACAUCUGCUAUGCCUUUUACAAACCAAAUGGGCUUGCUCAUUGCCGUGCACGGCCUACUUCUUGUAAACGGGUUCUCUGCGCCGGUCCAACUUAUCCUCGUUUGCCAGUAAGACAUUAGUAAAAGAAUCAUUUUCAGAUGGUAUGACCGAAAGUUUGUGAAGCAUUGUAAGCUAGUAGAGCUGGAUGUAAUUUUAGACUUACUCAAACGGAAAUGUUGACAUUUACACGAUGUUUGGAUACCCAUGAUGUAAUGUGCAUAUGUGUCAUUUAAAUUUGUAGCUUUUUUAUGCAAUAAAUUCAGUCAUUGUCA